AUGACGCAUCGAGUGGACCACGAGUAUGACUACCUGUUCAAGAUCGUUUUGAUCGGAGACUCAGGUGUUGGCAAGUCCAACAUCCUCUCCAGGUUCACUCGAAACGAGUUCUGCUUGGAGUCCAAAUCCACUAUCGGAGUGGAGUUCGCCACCAGGACUCUUCAGGUAGAGGGAAAGACUGUGAAAGCACAGAUCUGGGACACAGCAGGUCAGGAGCGGUACCGAGCCAUUACCAGUGCUUAUUACAGAGGAGCUGUCGGUGCUCUACUUGUAUAUGACAUAACUAAGAGACAAACCUUUGACAAUGUCCAAAGGUGGUUGCGUGAGCUGAGGGACCACGCGGAUUCUAAUAUAGUUAUCAUGAUGGCUGGAAAUAAAUCUGAUUUGAGCCAUCUAAGAGCGGUUUCAGAGGACGAUGGUCAAACCUUGGCAGAGAGGGAAGGUCUCUCGUUUCUUGAGACAUCUGCACUGGAGGCGACCAACAUUGAGAAGGCAUUCCAAACCGUUUUGACCGAAAUUUAUCAUAUUGUUAGCAAAAAGGCACUCGCAGCUCAGGAAGCAGCUGUUGGUACCACACUUCCGGGUCAAGGUACCACCAUCAAUGUUGGCGAUGCAUCUGGGAAUACAAAGAGAGGCUGCUGCUCCACUUAG